AUGAGGGAAGACUCAUACUUCUUUGGAAUGCGAGGCCUUGGUCACUAUGGCUGCUUCCCGGAAGACGGAGGACAGUUCUUACUUUACUCUAUAAAUGGAGACAACGAUUUAAAGAGGUGUUUUGCAGAGGAAGAUUUUCAUGAAAUAAUUGACUUCAACGAUCUCCCAAAUUCUCUCUUUGCUUGUAAUGUUCACCAGUCUGUGUUUGAAGAUGAGGACAGUAAGGAAAAAUUUGAAGGCUUGUUCCGUGCCUAUGAUGACUGCGUGACAUUCCAGCUGUUUAAAAGCUUCAGGCGUGUGCGGAUAAAUUUUAGUAGUCCCAAAUCAGCUGCUCGUGCCAGAAUAGAGCUGCAUGAAACACAGUUCAGAGGGAAGAAGUUAAAGUUGUAUUUUGCACAGAUUCAGACCUCUGAGACAGAUGGAGACAAGCUUCAUUUGGCACCACCACAGCCUGCAAAACAGUUUCUCAUCUCGCCUCCAGCCUCCCCACCUGUAGGGUGGCAACCAAUAGAUGAUGCAACACCUGUCAUCAACUAUGACCUCCUUUAUGCAGUUUCUAAGCUAGGACCAGGAGAGAAGUAUGAGCUGCAUGCAGGAACAGAGUCCACUCCCAGUGUGGUAGUGCAUGUCUGCGACAGCGACAUGGAAGAGGACGAGGACCCAAAAAAUUCUCCAAAGCCAAAAAUCAUUCAAACUCGGCGCCCUGGUCUGCCACCUCCUGUAUCUAACUGA